CACCAAUCCACCCCGCCCCGUGCUCGAUGUCGAACUCAACCUCCAACGUCAGCGGCGACGCGGCGGCGAGUUCGUCGCACGCGCCGCUGCAGGCGACCUACGCGCUGCUCUGCGUGUGCGGAGUGGCGGCCAACGGCGCCGUCAUCUGCGCUCUCGCGUGCGGCGGCGGCGGCGGCAAGAGGCGCCACGUGUCGGACGCGUACGUGCUCAACCUGGCCGUGGCCGACCUCCUCUUCCUGCUCGGCAUGCCCUUCCUCGCGCACCAGCUGGUGAGCGAGCAGAGGUGGCGCUUCGGCUGGUUCCUGUGCAAGGCGCUGACGCUGGUGGACGUCAACAAUCAGUACACGAGUGUGGGCACCGUCACGGUUCUGUGCAUCGACAGAUACAUCGCGGUGGCGCACCCGCUCACCGCUGCCACGAACCGCACCAUGCGCGGCGCCUUCCUCGUCAACGCCCUCGUGUGGCUCUGCAGCCUCCUCCUGUCGCUGCCCGCGCCCGUCUACGCGAGCGUGCUGCGCAUCCACGGCGUGGAGGUGUGCGCCCUCGACUUCCCCGAGGCGCGCCUCGGCGCCACCGCCUUCGCCGUGGCCAACUUCGCCCUCGCCUUCGCCGCGCCGCUCGCGCUCAUCAGCGUCUUCUACGCGCUCGCCCUGCGCCGCGUCUCGAGCGCCACGCGGCGCGCACGGCUCCGGCCCCAGAGCUCGCGGAGCCGGCGCGCCACGCGCACCGCCGUCGCCAUCGUGGUGGCGUUCGCCGCUUGCUGGGCGCCUUUCCACACCCUGCAGAUGGUCGGCCUGACGCUGAGCGAGCCCACGGACGGGUUCCACCUCGCCUACCAGCUGAGCAUCUGCCUGGGCUACGCGCACAGCUGCAUCAACCCCGUGCUUCUAAUCUUCUUCACGGAGUUCUUCAAGGAGCGGCUCCCGUGCGCGCGAAUUCGUGCCGGACGGCAAUGCCGCUACCACGACAACCGCCAGCGCCUGGGUUGCAGCUGCGACUGUGAUGACCACGACGAGCGCGGCGGCGGCGGCGGCGGCGCCGAUGGGAGAGGGGAGCGACACGAGGGUGCAGGAGCAGCUGCACGGGGAAGAUUUCACUUCCACGAGCCUAUCCGUCUCCUUGGUGGAAGCGGCUUCGGCCAUGCCAACACCCAGUGA